AUGCUUUGUUCUGUAUGUGGGUCGUGGGCUUUGCAAGGGGUUGUUGAAGCCAAGAUAGAGGAGAUCCUGAUUGAAGAUGUGGUAUGUUGUUACCUAGCAUUGGGGAUCAAUGAUGGGCACGUUUGCGUGGAUUUGUAUGUGGUCUUCUCUAUUGAGAUUUCUUUGGUUCUUUUCCUGGCUCGUGGGCUUCCGCAUUCUCUACAUUCUAUGAGGAGGGCUUUGCAGGGAGAGGCGCAUAUAGGGGAGAAUGUCGAUCUAGGUGUUGAUGCUGCAUGGUGCCUCUAUUCACUGGAAGGUGCACCGCUAGUUGUUGGUCAGGUUAUGAGGAAUCGGUGUAGACACCCUUUGUGGAGAAUCAAUAGGGAGGGUCGUUGGACUUCUUUACCACAGGGAGUUUUCAAAAUUAACAUAAAUGGUUCUUCUCGUGGGAAUCCUAGUCAUGCUGUUUCAGCAACGCUUCCACUCAUAAUAGCACUGCUAACUUGUCUCUAUUUCUUCAAUGGAGGAAGGGCAAAGGCAAAGCUGCCGCCGGGGCCUCGAGGGCUACCUGUUUUGGGUAGUCUGCUGAACAUCGGUUCGAAUCCCCACCAGUCACUUUAUGCUCUCUCCAAGCGCUACGGCGGCCUCAUGUAUCUCAAAUUGGGCACCACCCCCACCAUAGUUGCUUCCUCUCGGGAGGCCGCAACUGCCAUUUUCAAGACAUUUGAUUCCGAUUUCUCUAACAGGCCGCACGGCGGGAGCGGGGCAGCGGGAUCGGAAAUUCUCAUGUACAAUAGAAGCGACAUCACCUCGUCUCCCCAGUGGCCUUUUAUAAGAAAGCUUUGCAUUUUCCAUCUCUUGACCCCCAAAUGUUUGGACAAUUGGCAGGAAUUCCGAGAAGAAGAAAUGACACUGUUACUCGCCUCCAUCUUUAAACAUCGAGCUACAGUUGUAAAUGUGGGAGAUUUUGUCAAUGUCUUUACUUGUAAUGUUAUUGGACAGAUGACGCUCAGGAUGAGACUAUUUGAUGACAAUGACGCAGAGGCCGAACAUUUCAGAGAAUUAAUGGACGAUUUCUUAAGCGCAGCUACUCGUUUUAGGAUUGGGGAUUUCGUAACUUUCUUAGAGCGGAUUGGCUUGGGCGGUUCUCUUGAUGAAUUGAAGAGCGUGCACAAGCGCUUUGAUCAAUUUCUGGUGAGGAAGAUGGAAGAACAGAGGCGUAUGCCUUUGUCCAGCGAGGACGAUGGAGGCAACAAGGACUUUCUACAGAUUCUCCAUCAACUCAAAUCUAAUUCUGCCAGCGAGGGAGGACAGCUUUCCGAGUCUAAUAUCAAAGCCAUUUUACUGGACAUGAUGGCAUCAGGAACCGAUACGGCUACCCGCACGGUAGAAUGGGCGAUGUCCGAGCUGAUCCGCCAUCCUCAUCUCACGAACAGAGUGAGAAACGAAGUAGACGCAGUUGUGGGAAUGGAAGAGAGAGUAACAGAAUCUCAUCUUCCUCACCUUAAAUAUUUAGAAGCAGUUGUGACGGAAACUCUUCGACUGCAUCCUCCAACGCCACUAUUACUUCCUCAUGCAUCUCCAAAAUGUUCAAGCAAAGUAAUGGGCUAUUUCAUUCCCCCCAAUUCGCAUGUCACGGUGAAUGUGUCGGCCGUAGCAAGAGAUCCAAAUUCAUGGGAGAGGCCAUUAGAAUUUGAUCCAGAUCGCUUUGUGGAUGGACGAGAUUUUCGAAUAAUACCGUUCGGGGCAGGGCGAAGAAGGUGCCCGGGCUAUAAUCUGGGGCUCCGUAUGAUUCAUUUUGCAGUUGCAAGCUUUGUUCAUGCAUUUGAUUGUUCGCUUCCACCUGGUGAAGAACCCCAAGAUUUGGACAUGAGUGAGAAAUUUGAGGUCUCAAUCCACAGGAGUGUUCCUCUCAAUCUUUUCGCCACUCCUCGUCUGCCUACCCAUCUAUAUAACUGUGCUCGCAAUUCACAGGAAUGA